AUGGCCGCACCUAAUUUGAACACCUUGCCGGCCGAACUUCUCCUGGAUAUCGGGGAACGUCUUGGUUUCAAAGACCGUGCCUUUUUGAUUCGUGUCUCCAGAUAUUGUCACGCUGUCUUGACUGAGAAAUUAUACAAUCACUUCGGCAAGAUAGAGGCGGCGCGCUGGGCCGCCAAUAAUGGCAGCUGUUUGGUCAUGAGAACCGCGCUAUCGCAUUGCACCGGGGAGACAGAAAGGGACUUGCUCAUCAACAUGCCUAUCGAUGAUGAUCUUGAAGAUCCCGAGGCACCGGUCUAUGCGACUCCGCUUGCUCGCGCAUCUUACCGUGGUCAUCUUGAUGUUGUUACGUACCUCUUGGACGUUGGGGCACGCCAGAAAGUAUUGUCGUACCUGUUCUGCAACUGCAUCGACUUGCAAAGCAUCUUCGAAGGCUUCGAGGUUCACGAUGUUCCUAAUGUCCCGACAUGGUAUCCUCUUCAUUACGCAAUAUGCAGUAAGAAUGAAGAGGUCGCUCUGCUUCUUAUCGACCGGGGUGCGCCUUUGCUGGCGUGUGACGGUGGUCCUCGUGUCACUGCACUCCAAAGUGCCGUUGCGAAUGGCUGUCUAAAAGUUGUACAGCGCCUCGCGAAACGGUACCGUGAGCUGAACCGCGGCCCUCUGUUAACCCCUAGGCAUGAGGCAGACGUAGAUCGUCUGCUAGACCCCAGGGCAACCGAUGCUCGUCUCAACACUGCGAUGCACUACCUCACGCUGUGUCCGCGUCGUGAAUAUCUUCGCCAAAUAUGCCUCUGUCUGAUGGAUCUUGGGGUCCCGCUAGAUACUCCAUGGGGUAGUAUGGCCAUGUCGCCCCUUCUGAUGGCGUGUGCCAUAGGUAAUUUUAGGGUAGCUACCGAACUCGUGCAAUUCGGGGCGAACCUCCAACGUCGAGACCCUACAGAACAGGAACGCCAGCAAAACCCCCAAGAACACGUAUUGCCCGAACACCGACAAUCAAACGCCCCAUACGUGUAUUCUGCCCUGGGAGCCAGGUAUAUCCGAGCUACCCAGGCGGGCGUUGUGUGGCGGCCAGGCGGCCAGGCACGCUGGGCAAUCGAUCGUCAGGAAUUCAUCAGAGUGUUCAUCCAGCACAACGGUGAGGUUAACGCACCCGUGAGUCUAGUUGGUGAAACCGCUUUGUUAAGAGCAGUCGACAGAGGGUUCGUGGCUGAAAUCCGAAUACUUCUCUCGGAGGGAGGCGCUGUUGUUGACAGACCAGAUGCGUUUGGGAUGACACCGUUGUGCAAGGCUGCCCUGCGCGGUAACGUGACUAUCGUCGAGGCCCUUCUGGAAGCCGGGGCGGACCCAAACCUUUCCAGUCGAAUCGGUCAAGUCACCGCCCUGGAGCUGAUCAGUGGCAUGAUUGCGUCACCAGAAAUCGAGCAGAUCAUAAUAUUGCUACUACGCUACGGUACGCGUGUGGGAAGAUUAUCACCUCGGUCUCCCCAUCAAUAUGAUCGGACUUACUUGAUCACUUUGAUGUGGCGAUAUUUCGAGCGUGGUAACCAUGCAGAUUACUGGGUCACGGCGACAAUUCUCGAAAACAGCACUGAAGCAAACAUAUCGCGUGGCUGCUGGCAAUACGCGGCCGAAGUUGCCCUUCGCCUAGAUAAACAUGGAGAUCGGGAGAAGCCAGGACAUAGACCGUUAUGCUCGCUCCUAGGUUUGUUUGGUGAAAAAGUCAGCUAUACUUUUGAUGAUUCCAGACUCUACUCGAUUGUCGAGCAGCUGAUCAAAAGGGGUCAUGCCAGUAAUGUGUCAUGUCUGUUCUGCCUCGGAGGAAGGAAUAUAGAACUUCGAGCGCAGAACUAUUUCCACAGCGUGGUCAAGACACUCAGCGGCGUCUUCACUCAAGAAGCGAUGCUGGCCUUGGUCUUGACUCAUAGUAAAAAGUCAGCGUUGCCUUUGGCCACUCAAUUGCUCGUUGAGUGGGAUGCGGCCGAUAUCGACGUGACUGGGAGGAUUCACUGUCUCAGCACCAAACCGACGCUACUUCAUCUCGCUUGUAGCAAGGGCGAUUGGGGAUCCGCAGGCCUCCUUAUCACCAAAGGUUGUUCCCCGGACGCCGUCAAUGGCUGUCUUUUGACGCCCAUGGCAGAGGCUGCAGCGGGUGGUUACAGGAAGCUGGUCGAAGCUCUGAUGGACUGUACGACAGCCGAUCCACACGAGUCAUACCGGAAUCCUUCAACCACCACCAGAUUAUUGCAAGACCAAGUAGCAUCCUCAGGCGACUUUCUUCGCCCGCCUCCCGGGACCAGGAUCUCCCAGUUCGUGCUCCGUGAGCUUAUCAAGCUUCAGGGUGCACGUUUAGGACUUCCCAAUGCCGAUACCAGCAAUCAACACUCCAUAGACCCAUCCCUUCCCAAAAAGGGGGGUUGGAACCCUUUCACGCCACAUCACUAUGGAUUCUCUGCCUUUGAAGCUGCCUGUCACGAGGGACACAACGACGUUGUAAGAGCCAUUCUCAAGCGUAAACCCCUCGGACACCCUAUCACCCAAGUCCAGCGGGGUUUCAUGGUCGUAAAGCCGUCCUUCAGCUCCCUCACUGACGCCGCUCUGAACGGCCACUGGGACACGGUGCACACCUUGCUCAGCGCCGGUGCGGACCCCAACCAGGGCAUCCUGCGCGGCUGUCUCGACCUGACCCCCCUCCACAUCUGCGUGGAGGCGCUCGUGAACACGGUCCGGCUAUACAACCUUGAUGCCGAGACGCUGGCUACCGAACAGCCCAUCCCCCCUGGUUCCGAUCUGGAGGCCCCCGCGCCGUUCCCGCCGGAUAUGCACCCCCAGCUGCUGCCGUUAGUUAAGAGGAUUCAGAGAAUUGUCAGCGUUAUUGUGCAUCUGAAAACAGUCGGGGCAAAGGAGGAGUCGGAUAAUUCCGUGUUUAGAGAGGUGCACUCGUUGCCUGGGGGACCGUUCCCGCCGGAUACGAUGGGCUUGCUGAGGAAGCUCAUGAAGACGGAGGAACUGGGGUAUAUGGGGGGAAGGUUCAUGGAGAGACAUGGUGAGGUGGUGGUGACGAGGAAGUUUACGUUGGAUGAUCCGGAAGGAAAGAAGAUCGUACUGGUUGGUGAGGGGAACGGCGACGCGAAAAAUCAGGACUCGAAAGAUGAAGAUUCAAAGGACGGGGGUGAGGAGAAGCUGAAGAAGUAG